AGUAGAUGCGUUACUAGCCGGGAACCAGAUGAUGAAUCUGAUAGGUGCGUAACUGAAAAAUGAAUACAUCGGCUGUGGAAAUAUUAGCCUACCUCUGAAGAAAUGUUAACUUGACUGGCUUCUAAAACUAAAAGUCAAGUGUUUUAUUUUAGCGGGGAAAGUAUUUUGUCACUGAAGAAGAGGCGACAUGGGGAUAGUGUAUUCAGAGCCCAUUUGCCAAGCUGCCUACGAUAACGACCUUCAAAAGGUGUACCACAUUCUAAAAGAGGAUGCCAAGACUUUAAAUGUUCAAGAUGAGGAAUCUGGCGAUACACCAAUCAUAGCUGCCUGCAGACGUGGAAACAUCAGAAUGGUCAAGUACCUUUUGGACCUGAAGGCAGAUGUAGCUAUAAGGAACAAGAAACAGAGGACAUGUUUGCACUAUGCUGCAAAGAGGACCUUUUCCUUUUUGGAUUACCUGAUGAUCACUAUCCUCAUGCCAAUUCUGUUGAUUGGAUACCUCAUUCUGGAAGACAAGCAAAGGAAGAAUGUGAAACUAAUGAAUCUGGUUCUGAGCACUAAAGUGGAGGUUGACGCUGUGGACUAUCAGGGAAACACUGGUCUUCACUAUGUCUGUCAGAGGAAGAGUCACAGACUCGUUCCACUGUUACUGGAGAAAAAGGCAGACGUUUCUAUUAAAAACAAAGAUGAUGAGACCCCACUGGAUAUAGCAAGGAGACUGCAGUUCAAGAAGAUUGUUACAAUGCUGAAAAAGCCUGACUGAAGGGGGGGGGGGGCUUGCAGACGAUGGAGAAUUUUUCACCAUGGCAACAUCACCUUCUCGUCAGGCGUCUUUUGUCUGACGGAGGAAGGAUCUCUGUUCAUAUGUAUACGAUCUAUGGUUCGUAUUCGACACUUUGUCCUCAGCUGUCUAGCAACCAUUCGUUAAGGUUCAUACCAAUAUAAAUGGCCAAGAAAUUGUUUUUAGAUAGUUUUUAGUCUCGUGGUUGAACCUCCUUGAAAUAUGACAUUAAUUGAAUUUAUACUAUGCGUCUCAAAAUAUUUGUAUAUUGUAUAAUAUGUCAAUUAGAAACGGAUGAGUUCCUGGUUUUGAUAUUGUACAUAGGAGUAAGUGAAUUUAAACAUUGUUACAGAUUAAAGCAUUCUAUGUGUAGAUACUCAGUUUCUUAAGCACUUGUCAAUAAAUUGAAUUGUACAACAGA